AUGAGGGACGAAAGCGAUGAGUCUGCCGCACUGGUGCGUAUCAUAACAGCUCUCGGCGGCCCCGAGCUCUCCCCACAAGAACUUGACUGGGCCAUAAGUCUCCCCGCGGGACAAGCUAUCGUACAAUGGCUCACAUUACAAACCACAAACAUCUCUAAAGAGGAAGACGUCAAUAUUAUGGAUAUACAAACACGAGCGUCAUUACAUCAGAUUGCAUUACAUGCUGAGGAAGCCAAGGAUAUGAACAUGAUCAUCGACGCGCCAAGGGCAACGGCGGAGCACUCGAACACCUUGACGGCUACUCCCCUUGGUUACAUUGGCGUGCAUACACUACACUCGCAAAUGGUCAGAAACGAAUCAGAAGCUCAGCUGCUCGAGGAUGAGAUACGCCUUCUCAAACACCGGUUCAAAGGCAUCAAAAUGGCAUCCAAGCAACUGAAUCGGUCGAUUGAAGCAUUACAACGCUCACGGGGUUCGACUGAUGAGACACUACGGCGUCAGCAGGAGCUCUUGGAAGAGUCCUCUAUCCAUGCCGACUCUCUGAUCGCCAGAUCGAAUAGCAUCGCUGGGAAGCUCUUGAACGGCGCUAUAAUCCCCACGCUGGUCAAGGAUGACUCUAGGCCAAGCAUUUUAAACCUACGGAAGCGGUUGGCGGAUUUGUCUACUCGUCGCACAGAACUUGUCAAGAUUGCCCAGGAACGUAACGAACAAAUCGUGCAAGCUCACGGUUCGCUGCCGAAUGUACUCGAGAUUGAGCAUGAAACAACUAGGCUACAGGUUCAUCUACGAAAAUUAAGCUCCAAUAUUCACGGCCUGUCGUCAUCUCAAGCUGCAGCUGGGUCAUACUGCACGGAGAUGGAUAAGAUCUGCAAGGAAUUAGGAGCCGUCGAAGAUUCGCAAAGCAAAAGAGCUAUCUUGGAGCGGAUAGCUGGUGAAGUCGAUACCAAAUGCGACAAAGAUCACGUAGACGUAAAUGAAAUUGACGUUAUAAGCGAACUGAAUCGCGCAUGGAAACUCGAUCAGUUAGCUUUAUUGUCUGCACGGGAAAUGAUGGCGGAUGAGAUGAAUCUGCACUUGAAACAACAAUCAUUCUAUCCGCUUGAGGAACUACAAUCGACACUACUCAAGUCCAGCUCACACGUUUUCGAAACAGAAGCACUCGUCAGUGCAUUGACAGAGGAACUUGAGGAAGUUGCAGAUGAUGCAGAAUCCGCCAAACGAAGCAAGCUUCUACAUCCAGAUCCUGGUGUCUUUUCAGAAAAAGAGGCUGGCCUCGUGGAUUUGCUGAAAUCAAUGCAACAUCUUCGACCACCCGAUGCACCGCCACUUGUCCUCCUGAACGAAGAGGAUCUCAAGAACGAGAUUGACAUAAUCUCUCGACAGUCUCGUGCUGCAUCCCGGAAAGAAAUGCAAUGGGCGUCCGAGUUGUCCCAACAGAUACUAUCAUUAACUAACCACCACGCUCCUCUAGUAGCGGCACUCUACGCUAACUCUCCUGUCAAUACAUCCCCACCAUUCAUCCCGCCUCGCGAUGAACAAGUUUUAGAAGAACAGGCACACCAGACAGCCGACGAGCUAAAUGUUGCCGUAGCGAAGUGCCAGAAAGAGCCCGUGAGCGAUAGGGACAAGCAAAAGCUCAACGCUUUUAUCGACAAAUGGACAAAAGAUCGAUAG